UGUUUCGGUUGCAUCAACUCAACUGACAGUUUCGAAGCUACAAAAUUGUGAUAUGUUGUCCGAUGCUGAGAAAAGAAAGCAAAUAAGUGUUAGAGGGAUUGCUCAAUUGGAAAAUGUGACAAAUCUUAAGUCCGAUUUCAAUAGGCACCUGCACUUUGAUGGUGUUAAGGAUCGAAACGUCGCAACGUCCCUCGACUUCUAUCAAGCGUUAGCACGUACAGUAUGGGAUCAUCUUUGCUCCCGUUGGAUUCGAUCUCAGCAGUUUUACCAUAGAGAAGAUCCGAAGCGCAUAUACUACUUAUCCUUAGAAUUUUACAUGGGUCGCACUUUGACAAAUACUAUGUUGAAUGUAAACAUUACUGCUGCAGUCGAUGAAGCGAUGUACCAACUGGGACUGGAUAUCGAAGAGUUAGAGGAAAUGGAAGCGGAUGCUGGUCUUGGUAAUGGCGGGUUGGGUCGUCUAGCUGCAUGCUUCUUGGAUUCAAUGGCAACAUUAGGGUUAGCUGCUUAUGGAUACGGUAUCCGUUAUGACUAUGGCAUUUUCGAACAGACUAUUCGUGAUGGAUGGCAGGUUGAAGAACCCGAUGAAUGGUUACGAUUUGGAAACCCAUGGGAGAAAGGAAGACCAGAGUAUUGUUAUCCAGUCAAUUUUUAUGGUCGUGUUGAAGAUGCUGGAAAUGGACGUAGACGAUGGGUUGAUGCGCAUCCAGUUUUUGCAAUGCCCUAUGACACCCCGGUUCCAGGGUACAGAAAUAAUACUUGCAAUACUCUUCGAUUGUGGUCUGCCAAAGCUCCAAAAAGUUUCGAUCUCGGUAUAUUUAAUAUGGGUGAUUAUAUCAACGCCGUAUGUGCACGUAAUCAUGCGGAAAAUAUUUCCCGAGUUCUUUAUCCAAACGAUAAUUUCUUUGUUGGAAAGGAACUUCGUCUUCGUCAAGAGUAUUUCUUAGUUGCUGCUACUUUGCAGGAUAUAAUUCGGCGUUUUCGAAGCAAUGAUUCUCACCAUAGAUCGUUUGAUGAAUUUCCCAAAAAAGUCGCUAUCCAAUUGAAUGAUACACAUCCCUCACUUGCAAUUCCUGAAUUACUGCGUAUCUUAGUUGACUUGGAAGGUUUAGAGUGGAAAAAGGCAUGGGAUAUAAGUUACAAUACAUUUGCUUAUACAAAUCAUACAAUCCUACCAGAAGCAUUAGAACGUUGGCCUGUUACAUUGUUGGAGCAUAUAUUACCACGUCAUCUGGAAAUUAUCUAUCAGAUUAAUGCUGAGUUCUUAGAUAUUGUACGUGCAAAAUGGCCAAAUGAUAAUGAUCGUAUACGUCGUAUGUCAUUAGUUGAAGAGGAAGGUGAAAAACGUAUUAAUAUGGCCUACUUGUGUAUUGUAGGUUCUCACACAGUUAAUGGAGUUGCAGCAAUACAUUCACAUUUAUUGAAAACUCAAACUUUCAAAGAUUUUGCUGAAUUAUGGCCAAAUAAAUUUCAGAAUAAAACAAAUGGUAUCACACCUCGUCGUUGGUUACUAUUAUGUAAUCCAAAUUUGUCAGAUUUAAUUAUGGAAGGAAUGAACGGCAGUGAUUCAUGGAUUGUUAAUCUCAGUGAAAUUGCUCAGUUAAAAUCACGUAUAAAUGAUGUGAAUUUUCUGCGUCAAUUGAUACGUAUUAAACGGGAAAACAAGGCUAAAUUCGCUUCUUAUUUAGAACAACAUUAUGGCGUAAUAAUCAAUCCAGCAUCUCUAUUUGAUAUCCAAGUUAAAAGAAUUCAUGAAUAUAAACGUCAACUAUUAAACUGUCUGCAUGUUAUCACUUUAUAUAAUCGUAUUAAAGCUAAUCCUGAAAUGCCAAUAUGUCCACGUACAGUUAUGAUUGGUGGUAAAGCUGCUCCAGGUUAUCAUAUGGCUAAACUUAUUAUCAAGUUGAUUAAUUCUGUUGGUAAAGUUGUUAAUAAUGAUCCAGUUGUACGUGGUAGAAUUAAACUUAUUUUCCUUGAAAAUUAUCGUGUUUCUUUGGCUGAAAAAAUAUUCCCCGCAGCUGAAUUAUCUGAACAAAUUUCUACAGCUGGUACAGAAGCGUCAGGUACCGGUAACAUGAAAUUUAUGCUUAAUGGAGCUAUGACUAUUGGUACAAUGGAUGGAGCAAACGUAGAGAUGUGUGAAGAAAUGGGUCGAGAGAAUAUGUUUGUAUUCGGUUUGACUGUAGAACAAGUUGAUGCUCUUUACAAAGCUGGUUAUCAUCCACAAGAAUAUAUUGAAAAAGAACCAGAAUUGAAAUUAUGUUUGGAACAAAUACGUGAUGGAUUUUUCUCUCCAGAAAAUCCACAUCUAUUUAAAGAUAUUUAUAAUAGUUUAGCAUUUGAUGAUCGUUUCUUAUUAUGUGCAGACUAUGCAAGUUAUAUACGUGUACAACAAGAGGUUGAAGAAGCUUACAAAGAUGAACUAAGAUGGUCAAAAAUGAUGCUUAUGAAUAUUGCUUCCUCUGGGAAAUUCUCAUCUGAUCGUACUAUACGUGAAUAUGCUCGAGAUAUAUGGGGUGUUGAACCAUCAACAAUAAAAUUACCACCUCCAUUUGAACCAACUACAGAAAAGAAAUAAAUAAUGCAUCAUCUUAUCAAAUAAAUUAUGCAGACAUAAUUCAAUUGUUAUGAAUUCACAUUUUUUUUCUUGUUUCUCCAUUUCUCCAUUUCUCACCCACUUUUUCUACCCUAAUUGUGUCAUUUUAGUCAGUUAGUAACUAAUACUACUACUUUGAAAAAAAAAGACAAAAAACUUUUUCAGCUGAUAAUGUUAUUCUCUCUCUCUCUCUCCUCUAUAAUAUAUGGAACCCUUUUUCAUUGUUUCACAUUCAUCCUCCAUUGGUCUACUAUUUCAAAUAAUGAAAAUUACUUUUUUAAUUUCCUUAUUUUGAUUUUAAUCCAGUUACAUAUAUAUGUAACUCGUUUAAUUUUUUGAUAGUCGCUUUAUUUCUCUUUUUUGUUGUAAUCACUUUAAUCAGUAAGUAGUAGUAGUAGUGUAGUAGUGCUUGAAUUGGAUCUGAUGACAGUUAAACACACACACAUAAAACUUGCAAUCAUGAUUAUCUCUCAUCUUGUAAUCAAACAUUUCAGCCUUGACUUCUUCCUCCUCAUCCUGCUCCUACUCCUCCUCCUUUCCCUUAUUCUAAAAAAAAAAGUAUUUUAGAUUACUCAUAUUCAUUAGUAUUGGUGUAAACCAUUUUUUUUUUGUUAUAUAUAGGAAACUAUCGAUUGAUUAUAUUCUACCCGGGGGGGGACAGAGUCGACUUUUGUCUCUGUAUGUGUGUGCGUGUGUGUGUGUGUGUGUAAUUCUUUUUGUGCAUGUGGUUUUUCUAAUCACACAUGACCUUAGCUUAUUAUUAAUCAAUGUUUUAUUAUUAUUGUUAUGUAACUUAUUUAUUUCUUCAAUAUUUAAUUUAGUUAUUUGUAAGCAAAUAUUGAAAUAUAUAUAUAUAUAAUAUAUAUAUAUUUCUGUCAGUUUAAAACAAGAUACUAAUUUUUGAAUUAUUUCUAUUUCUGCAUACUUGUAGCCUCUUACACAUAAAUAUA